AUGACGGAGCACAUUCGCAAUCCAAACAUAUUAUCCAAAUUAAGACAAAAGUUGUCUGAAAAAAUAACAAACGGCAAAACAGUACAAGAACAAGAUCUCCCUCAACUCCCAUACUUAACCGCAGUGAUCAAAGAGACAAUGAGGCUACACCCUCCCAUCGCCUAUACUCUUGCCCCGGAGCCUAAAAGUUGGGAUGGCUUCACGUGUUUUGUGCCCGAAAGGUUUCUUGACUCGGAUAUCGAUUUCAGGGGCAGGGUUUUUUCGUUUAUUCCGUUUAGUUCUGGAAGGAGAAUAUGCCCCGGGAUGAAUCUUGGUUUGAGAAUGGUGAGCCUCAUACUGGCUACACUUGUGCAGAAGUUUGACUGGAAAUUGCCUUAUGAAAUGGCUCCUGAGGAUAUGGACAUUACAGAUAGGUUUCUUGACUCGGAUAUCGAUUUCAGGGGCAGGGUUUUUUCGUUUAUUCCGUUUAGUUCUGGAAGGAGAAUAUGCCCCGGGAUGAAUCUUGGUUUGAGAAUGGUGAGCCUCAUACUGGCUACACUUGUGCAGAAGUUUGACUGGAAAUUGCCUUAUGAAAUGGCUCCUGAGGAUAUGGACGUUACAGAUAGGUUUGGUCUCACUCUAAGGAAAGCUCAACCACUGGUCCUAAUUCCAACCAGACUCUGA